GCGGCUGUUCCUAGUAGCUUCUGGGAAAUGGAGUCCAAACUAUUUUAGAAAGUAACGGCCCAGUUGUCCUUGAGACUCCAUUUCCCAGAAAGCUCAGCGUGUAGCGCGAGCUAUGGAGCCGCCUGCAGCAGAUCUCAAGCAGAAGAUCGAAGACACGUUGUGUCCUUUCGGCUUCGAGGUUUACCCUUUUCAGGUGGCCUGGUACAAUGAACUCCUGCCUUCAGCCUUCCACUUGUCCCUGCCGGGACCUACCCUGGCCUUCCUGGUACUCAGCACACCUGCAAUGUUUGACCGGGCCCUCAAACCAUUCUUGCAGAGCUGCCACCUCCAGCCACUGACCGACCCUGUGGAUCAGUGUGUGGCCUACCACCUGAGACGAGUUAUAGAGAGCCUUCCAGAGCUGCAGGUGGAAGUCAUUGCUGACUACGAGGUACACCCCAAUCGGCGUCCUAAGAUCCUUGCCCAGACAGCAGCCCAUGUGGCAGGGGCUGCUUACUACUACCAGCGACAAGACGUUGAGGCUGACCCGUGGGGAUCCCAGCACAUAGCAGGUGUGUGCAUACACCCCCGAUUUGGAGGCUGGUUUGCCAUCCGAGGGGUGAUGUUACUGCCAGGGAUUGAAGUGCCAGGUCUACUACCCAAAAAACCCACCGACUGUGUACCUGCAAGAGCUGACCGAAUUACCCUGCUUGAAGGCUUCAAUUUCCAUUGGCAAGACUGGACUUACCGGGAUGCUGUGACACCCCAAGAGCGUUACUCUGAAGAACAAAAGGCCUAUUUUUCCACACCACCUGCCCAACGACUGGCCCUGUUAGGCUUAGCCCAAUCCUCCCAGGAAUCUAAUGAAUCCCCUGAACUCUUUAACAAGCUCACCAAGAAGCCACAGAAUCCCCUCAGAGGCCGAAGCUGGCUCAGCCCCAGUAUCUCACCACCUGCAUCCCCUGGUCCUUGAUCCUAUCAUCCCCUGUAGGAUCCCAUUUAUGGUGGUGCUUGCCAGGACUUAAAUUGGCUUUGGCACAGCAAAAGGUUUUAUUUCCCAUACAAAAUAACUAGUUUUUGUAAAUAAGUCUUCAAUAAAGAGUAAAGUUCAAGUUAGGUUUUCAAGAAUUAAAGACCCAAACAUCGAGAAACCACCUGCCUUGGAGUAUAGGACUCUGCCUGUUAGUUCUAAGUAGUGCUCCUAAGGUUAACUAGAUAAGAGCCUGAGGGGCAACUAUCCUGUAAGUUAGUGACCACCUGAGCUGUGGGGACUGAAUAAAUGUUAAGCGCUUUGAAACACAUGGUAAGGGCAUGCUGGCUAUCACUAAAGGCCCUAGGAAUCCUU